AUGGUUUUUCUCCAGGAGGGCAAGGCUGAGCCGGUCUUCGAACGAGCUGUGAAGCAACUGCCUUUUGCGGCGCGAAUCUGGGCGGCCUAUGCCGAGUGGUCCGAGAUGCAGGACUCAGCCAUGGCGCUUGGAGUCUACAGUCGCUGUUUGCAGCAAGUGCCCAACAUGGACUUGUGGCUGUCGUACCUGAACUUCUCAAAGAGGCAUCAGAAGCCUGGCUUCAAUGCGAACGCCAGGGCUGAUGGAACCCACCGGGAUGAAAGCACCCAGUGGACCCUCGAAGAAGUUUUGCGCUCCUACGGCCGUGCCAUAGAUCUCUUGGGCAGCGAUUGGAGGGCGGCGCCCGUAUGGUCAGACUAUUUGGCCUUGCUGAAGCACGCCUACAACUUGAAGCAAAAGAAGGAGAAUCCCGACGCAGAGCUUCAGGGGAAGCUGUUAGCGGAGGAUCCCAAUCCCAUCGACACGGCCAAGCGAACCUUGAAGAAAGAACUGCAAAAGGUGCAGGUGUGCCGCAUUACAAAAGCUUUUGGUUGGGAAGCUCUACAGUAUGCCAUAUGA